AUGUUUUUAGGUCGCGAUCACCGUCUUCAAUAUAGCGGUGGCGGUCAAGGCUCUGGUGGUUUUGGUGGUCAACGGGGCUUCCAGAACAGUAGUGGUGGCGGUGGCGGUGGUGGUGGUGGUGGCGGAUUCGGUGGCGGCUUCGGCGGUUCAACUCAACGUCAAAGUAAUCGUGCUCCUCCGCAAGAGGAUUGGUUUGGCAACUAA